AGCCCCUGCAGCACACAAGCCCGUACUUCCCCGACUCCACUCCCAUGAUGCUGCAACUCCACUGCUCCCCGCGCUUCCUCCUCCGCCUCUCCCCAUCUCGCCACAUCCCCGCCUCCUCCUCCUUCCCUCUCACCGGCCGCCGCCUACGCCGUUCCACCGCUAUCCGCGCUGAGCCCGAACCGCCGCCGCCGCCCACCUCCGCAGUGGAGGCCCCCGACGCCGGCGCUAGCGUUGUCGACGACGGCGAAGGCCCCGUGGAGCUCCGCGCCCCGACGCUCUUCUCCAUCGACGACAACCCCACCCCGCUCCAGACCGCCACUAGCAUCCUCCUCACCGGCGCCAUCUCCGUCUUCCUCUUCCGCUCCCUCCGCCGCCGCGCCCGCCGCGCCAAGGAGCUCAGGGUGCGGUCGAGCGGGGUGAAGAAGAAGCCCAACAAUCUUACCGAGGAGGCCCUGGAGCAGCUGAGGCUGGUAAGCGCCUCGCCGAUCGAGACAGAUAAGCCGCCAUCGCCCGUCCAGGUUCUGCUCGGCGGGAUCGCGGCGGGGGUCAUCGCGCUCAUCCUGUACAAGUUCACCACCACCAUUGAGGCCUCGCUGAACCGGCAGACCAUCUCCGACAAUUUCUCGGUUCGUCAGAUAACAAUAACAAUAAGAACAAUUAUCACUGGUCUGUGCUACCUAGCAACUUCUGUGUUUGGAAUCAACGGAGUGGGGUUAAUUAUGUAUUCCCUUCAGCUCACUUUUGCGUCUAUCAUGGACGACGACUCCAGCAGUUCCUCCACAGGGAAGCUUAGUGAGCAGGCCAACACAACGGCAUCAUCUGAUAGUAGUGACUUGCAGCAGAUCUCUGACAAGAGUAAAAACUCAACAGAGUAGCAGAGAUGGCUGUGCAAUACAAUAGCCAAAACCAAGGAUGCCAGAUCCCGAUACGUAUUUUAGAAUCCCACAGUCCUAUGAAGCCGGAAUGAUCUGUAUCGAUCUGUGGAUUUUAAUUUCUUAGUAUCAUGAUCCUUGCAAUUGGCAAAGCCUAGAAAAGCAUCUAUUCAAGAAAAUCUGGCAAAUGGUGUUCACAUGAGAUGUAAAUGGUGUCGAUUGCAUUGCAUAUUACCGCAUAUAACUCCAUAAUUGAUCGAAUGAUCGUGGCCCUUAA